AUGAUUCGGAUGGUUCAGAAUAGUGUUCAGUUUGGAGGGUUCCCGAGCGAGGAUCCUAAUGCUCACAUUGCUAAUUUCUUGGAGAUAUGUGAUACCUUCAAGAUAAAUGGAACUACUGAUAAUGCCAUUCAACUGAGUACGGGAGGUUUGUUUGCUAGUACUUCUACUCCUUCUUCCUCUUCUGUUUUAUCCGCUGACCUUGAGCAAGUAGAUUUAAGCAGGGAAGUUGAAGCCACCAACGCAAAGGAACUAGAGAAGGAAGAGGCAAAGGAGAACAAGUUACCGGAAAAGCGACAUGAUCUAGGGAGUUUUGUUAUUCCUUGUGUUAUAGGUAACUUAUCUAUCAAUGACACCUUAGCUGAUUUAGGGGCUAGAAUUAAUGUAAUGUCGUACAGUCUGUUUGUAAAACUGGGGCUGGGAGAGACCAGACCCACUAGGAUGAGUAUACAAUUAGCUGAUAGAUCUAUUAAGUAUCCUAGGGGUAUUGUAGAGAAUGCGUUGGUAAAAUUAGAUGAAUUUAUAUUUCCUGUAGAUUUUAUGAUCUUAGACAUGGAUGGUGAGAGUAGUGUACCCUUAAUUCUAGGAAGACCAUUUCUUGCAACAUAUAGGGCAAUGAUAGAUGUUUGUGACGGACAGUUAAAACUUAGGGUAGGGGAUGAGACUGUCACCUUUCACUUGCAUAAUCCCAUCAGUCAGUCUUUAGAAUAUAAUAAUGUUGUGUAUGUUGUUAAUGUAAUUAACGAUAAUAUUGAGACACAGUUGCAGGAAGUGUUAGUUGAAGACUGA